AUGGCGGCGCCGGCCAUGGCCGAGCCGCGCUCCAAGCGGCCCCGCGUCACCCUGCCCGCCUGCCCCGCGCACCGCCCGCUGCCCGCCAGCCGCGUCCGCCACGGCUUCCCCGCCGCCGUGGAAGAGGCGCUCUGCGGAGUCACCGGCGCCCAGCUGGAGCUCCACUACUGCCUGCAGGCGCUGGGUGAAUAUUUUGAUCAGUCACAUGUGGCUCUACCAAAUAUUUCAAAGUUCUUCUUACAUCAAGCUCUGGAAGAGAGAAAAGCUGCAGAGGCAUUGAUGAAGUAUCAGCAAGAAAGAGGAGGCCACUACUGUUCUAAAACCAUCCAGAAACCAAACUGUGAUUAUGCAGUCGGUCUGAUGAAAGCCCUGGAAUUAGCAAUGGUACAGUGGAAAACUAUGCUACGAUAUUUUGAAGAGCUUUAUGCCCUGAGUGUUGAAAAUGCAGACCCUCAUAGUGCAAGCACUAUGAAGAAGCAAUUUAUUGCGCCCAAAAUCCGGAAGAUCAAGCUAAUGGGAGAUCUACUCACCAAUGCUCGCAGGCUUGACUGUUCCCAAGAUGGCAGAAAUAGUCUUGGGGAUUACUUCAUGGACCGCUUGCAGAAAGAGUUCAGAACAAGCAUAGAGCCAGAGUCUAGUGAUCACUGCAGCCCCUGCCCACCUCUGCAGCAGUGCACAGGAGCUGCAGAAGGUCUGAAGCGACCCCAGAGAGAAUCUUCCCAGCACAGAAAUGGCAUAGGGCCAAUAUAUGCAACUAUACAUUGCACUACGAUGCUGCCACAGUGUAACAAUGGGACAGGAGCAAAAGUGAAGCAGGGCAGGGAGGGCCUUUAAUGCUGUGGCUGCUAUGGGGCAGCUCCUAAGGCAAACCUUUACAGAGGGUGGAGCUGGGACCAGAACUCAGGAGACAUGAGCCUGUAUCACUCCUGUUUUACACCCUGCCCCCUCAUCCUCUGUUGAGUCAAAAUCUUGCCUAUACCAUUAUUUUGUUUAAAUGAUAGCAAGGUUGCCAGCUACCUAGAUUGUCAGCACUAGUCACACAUAAUCUAUGCAAUUCUUCCUAGAAGCCAAAAGCUUUUAAGCUUCUUUUCUGUUUUAAAUGAUUAACAGGAUUAUUUAGUGCAAUUUUUUAACAGUAUAUAUAAUUUUUAUUAAAAAAAAAAAAGAAACCACUGCAGCUUUAGUACAAGGCAACUUUUAUGUGGCAGGAAAUCCAAAUAUUUAGUUUUAUAUUCCUGAAUAUUUUAUAUUCCUGAAUAUAUAUAUUAGAUAUUUUACAUUACUAACAAGUAUACUAGCAUAAUGAACUUGUUUUUAAAAAGACUUGGUUUAAAACAAAGUUUUCUUAUUUCUAUCAUAGUAGCAAUUUAAAUAAGUAGUCAAAAUAAUUUACAUAUCAGGAUGAAUAAUUUACUUCUUCAGGAUGAAGGAUGCAAACAUUUCCUCAACACUGGGAAUAAGAAAACAUGCUGGUUUUCUCUACAGUUAUGUGCCUAGUUGGCUUUUCUCAUUGUCAGAAAACAGAUGAGAGAUAAAUUAGGAGUUUUCAUUAGCUGAGAUCUUUACAGGUUCUACUGGAUAUUUUGCAAGUGUCACAAGACACUAGCUCUAGGGCUCUGUCCAGACUUAACCUAGGAUGGUUGCUUUAGUUUUCAUACAGACCCCUAUUUCAGCUAGCUCAAUUACGGUAUUACUAUGCUACUCCUGCUAUUUCUUGUAUUCCCUAUUUGGUCCCAAGUAGAGGCAUAAGAUCCUAGUGAAAAAGCAGCACACUUAACUAGUAUUGCAUCAGAGAGAGUGACCACUCAUUAGUUUUGCCUUUCAGUUGGGGCAGUAUUAGCCAGUUUGGUUAAAGUUCAGAAGUUCAGAGGUGUCCAAAUUCUUUUCCUUUGUCUCCUGCAGGAGUGCCUUGCUUUUUGUACCCUGGCUCCCAAGGUCACUUAAGAAGAGCAACUGGCUAGAUCAGCUGCCUGCAGCUAGGGGGUUUUUUUUGUCGCUAUACACAACAUCUUUUAUGCAAUUGGGGUUUGAUUCAUUGAAAGAUUGUCUCACACUUUCAUGUAAUACUGUAAGUGAUACUCCUAUUCUUGAAAAUAAAUUCAGUUCAAUGUUACAAA